AUUGACGGACGUGCGCAAGUUUGACGUUCAUUUUAACCAAUAGAGUUCUUGAAGGCGGUAGUUCCGGAAAUAAGUAUAAACUUGAGGCCUGUCCAUGUGGAGUGGAGCCGUAGUCUGAGCAGAAUUUGUAGUAUCAUCGUAAGCAUGGCCGAGAACGACGUUGAGAAUGAGCUGCUCGACUACGAGGAGGACGAGGAGCCCCAGGGAGCGCCCGAGAGCGCGGCGCCGCCGGGGAAGAAGGAGGUCAAGGGCUCGUACGUCUCCAUCCACAGCUCCGGCUUCCGCGACUUCCUGCUGAAGCCGGAGCUGCUCCGCGCCAUCGUGGACUGCGGCUUCGAGCAUCCUUCAGAAGUGCAGCACGAGUGCAUCCCACAGGCCAUCCUGGGCAUGGACAUCUUGUGCCAGGCCAAGUCUGGGAUGGGGAAGACAGCCGUGUUUGUGUUGGCCACCCUGCAGCAGAUUGAACCGGUUGACGGACAGGUGUCUGUGCUGGUCAUGUGCCACACGCGUGAGCUGGCCUUCCAGAUCAGCAAGGAGUACGAGCGCUUCUCCAAGUACAUGCCCACCGUGAAGGCGGCCGUGUUCUUCGGCGGCCUGUCCAUCAAGAAGGACGAGGACGUCCUGAAGAAGACCUGCCCCCACAUCGUGGUGGGCACGCCCGGGCGCAUCCUCGCCCUCAUCCGAAACAAGACCCUCAACCUGAAGAACGUCAAGCACUUCGUCCUGGACGAGUGCGACAAGAUGCUGGAGCAGCUGGACAUGAGGCGUGACGUGCAGGAGAUCUUCCGGCUGACGCCGCACGAGAAGCAGUGCAUGAUGUUCAGCGCCACGCUCAGCAAGGAGAUCCGCCCCGUCUGCCGCAAGUUCAUGCAGGACCCCAUGGAGGUGUUUGUGGACGACGAGACCAAGCUGACGCUACACGGGCUGCAGCAGUACUACUGCAAGCUGAAGGACAGCGAGAAGAACCGCAAGCUGUUCGACCUGCUCGACGUGCUCGAGUUCAACCAGGUGGUGAUCUUCGUGAAGUCGGUGCAGCGCUGCGUGGCGCUCUCCCAGCUGCUGGUGGAGCAGAACUUCCCGGCCAUCGCCAUCCACCGAGGCAUGGCGCAGGAGGAGAGGCUGUCCCGGUACCAGCAGUUUAAAGACUUCCAGAGGCGCAUCCUGGUCGCCACCAACCUGUUUGGCCGAGGGAUGGACAUCGAGCGCGUCAACAUCGUCUUCAACUACGACAUGCCCGAGGACUCCGACACAUACCUGCACAGGGUGGCCCGUGCGGGCCGGUUCGGGACGAAGGGGCUGGCCGUGACCUUCGUGUCGGACGAGACGGACGCUAAGACCCUGAACGACGUGCAGGACCGCUUCGAGGUCAACGUGGCCGAGCUGCCGGAAGAGAUCGACAUCUCCACCUACAUUGAACAGUCCAGAUGAGCUCUCCAGACCUGCACCGAUUAUCACGAUCUCCCACCCCUCCCCCCCACUCCCCCCAAACGCACACGCGCACACACUCACACACACACGUGCACACACCUGUGCAUGCAUACACUUCCCUGUAAUUUUGGAUUUUAAACCAAGAAAGAAAAAAAAAACAAAAAAAAAA